CUGUUAUUACUAUCGCAUUUCGCCUCCCACUCUUCCUCCUUCCAAAAAGUUGGUUUUUUUUCUACAGACAAGAAGCGGAUAGCUCAGACAUGGCUUCUUCAGCUGUUACUGCUACUUUGCUUAAUUGCUCUAUCUUUUCCAACGAUGGUUCACGUGGGUCAUCUCGGAAACUGCUCUUAUGGAAAAAAGAGAGAAUAUGCUCGAGAAAAAAUCGUGUUGGUGGUAUAACAGCUCAAGUUGAACUAGCUCCUCCACCAUACCCUUUGAAUGGUUUGGAGCCACACAUGAGCCGAGAAACACUAGAUUAUCAUUGGGGAAAGCACCACAGGACUUAUGUUGAUAAUUUGAACAAGCAAAUUGGUGGAACAGAGCUAGAUGGUUUGCCAUUGGAACACAUAAUUAUUGCCACAUACAACAAGGGUGAUUUGCUUCCUGCUUUCAAUAAUGCCGCUCAGGCAUGGAACCAUGAUUUCUUUUGGAAGUCUAUGAAACCAGGUGGUGGAGGAAAACCAACUGGGGAGCUACUAGAGUUAAUCAACAGAGACUUUGGUUCUUUUGAGAGAUUCGUCGAGGAGUUCAAAGCAGCAGCAACAUCACAGUUUGGUUCAGGCUGGGCAUGGCUUGCAUAUAAAGCAAACAAACUUGAUGUCGGAAAUGCGAUAAACCCACGCCCAUCAGAAGAAGACAAGAAGUUAGUAGUGGUCAAGACUCCCAAUGCUGUGAACCCCCUUGUGUGGGAUUAUUCACCACUCCUCACCAUAGAUGUCUGGGAACAUGCUUACUACCUUGACUUCCAGAACCGAAGGCCAAAUUACUUCUCAGUCUUUAUGGACAAACUUGUAUCGUGGGAAGCAGUCAGUUCUAGGCUGGAGGAGGCUAAGGAAAGAGCAGCCCAAAGAGAGAGACCAGAAGAUGCAGGGGUGGUAGAGAAAGAGUCGUCAGACCAUGAAUCUGUGGAAAUGUUCUUGGACAGCGAUGCAGAGGAUUCUGAUGCUGAAUGAUUUUGUCGAAAUUUUUUUACUUUAAAGGGGAACAAUUGAAUAUCUGAGUUAUGUGGAAAAUUUAUUUUAUGAGGCUUCUCAUUUGGACUGCA